CAAGUGAGUGGCUGUCUUUGUUACACACCAUACAUUUGUGGACCACAAUUUAACUCUUCAUGCUACAGAAAGAGAGAGAGAGGUGUUGUGAACUGAAUCUCUCUCUCUCUGGCAAUGGCAACUCUGCACUCUCUUGCAUUGUCCUCUCCACUCUCCAACUCACUUCAGAAGCCACGUUCAUACUCAGUUCCAUCUUCAAUUGUCCAUCAAAGUGCAAACUCAUCAUUCAAUGGUCAAACUUUACGCAUGCCAUGUUUGAGGUUACCUGUGCUAACACAAAAGACUCCCAUGCACCUGCCUGUUAUCAUGAUGGUCAAACCAAAGAUACAGUUCAUCCAGGGAACUGAUGAACAAACAAUACCUGAUGUGAAGCUAACUAAAUCAAGGGAUGGAACAAAUGGCAUGGCUAUCUUCACAUUUGAUCAACCCUCAGUUUUCGAUUCUUCGGGUGAAAUAGGUGAUAUCACUGGUUUUUACAUGAUUGAUGAGGAAGGUGUCCUUCAGUCAGUUGAUGUAAAUGCUAAAUUUGUGAAUGGGAAGCCCUCAGUAAUUGAAGCCAAGUAUGUCAUGAGGACUCCACGUGACUGGGAUAGAUUCAUGAGAUUUAUGGAGCGAUACUCGAAUGCAAACGGUUUGCAAUUCGUUAAAAAAUGAGUUCAUGUGCUAACUCUGCUCUUCUAUUUUUUUGCCCUUUGUCAGAAAUUUGUUUUCUACAAUACUAUCAUAAAUUUCUUGAGUGAACUAAAAUGCUAAAUUGGCCUUCGUGUAACUUCAAUUCGCAUACUCAUGUCCUUCUGACACCCAAGAUUUUAUGAAUUUUUGCUUGUCCUGUACUCCUGCAGCUGUUUAACUACCAUGUAAACUGUUUUCCUAUGGACAAGUUCGAAAGAUCAUCAAUCGAUGGUUUCCUUCUAUUC